AUGGGCUAUGCUCUCGAAAGGUUCAUUGCAAUGAGAAAUCUCGAAAGUUAUGAACAAAAAUUCCCGACAAAUCGACUAGGCUGGAGGAUUUUGUUUUCUUUGGCUCUAUUCGAAGUGAUCGAAGCGAUGCUCUUUUUUCAAAAAUGGGCUGUUUCAUGGGUUAUCUUCAUCACUUCAUAUUUCAUUCACUUUAUCGCCAUUGUGUUUUUCAUCAAAUUGUAUUUCGUUUGCAAGCAGAAAUAUUUUGCAGUUUAUCAAAAGAGAUAUUGCACAGUGGAGGACAGGUACAGUACUCUGUCAAACUACAAAGCUUCUCGUGUCAUGCUAUUCCUUGCUCCAUACAAAAGUAUUACCUCUAUCUUUGUGAUUGCCAAUUACGAAUACGUGGCUGGUUAUUCCCUCUAUACACAAACAUUUUUCAUCUUUAUUUUCUAUUAUUUAGCUCAUUUUCAGAUCCAAGGUCAAAUGUGGUUAACAAUAUUUUACGAACCAGCUUUGAGGAGUAAAUUUCUGGAGUUAACAAUGUCUAAUAAUAAGAUUAAAACAGAGCAAAGCCUCAAUAAUGCUUUUGGUAAAAAGUUGAAAUAUGAGAAUUAUGAACAAGGCGAUGUUUAUUUUCGACAGUUUACGACGAUGUGGAAA